AGGCAUCGCUCAUUCGCAAACCUGAGCACUCUUCUUCUAUCUUGGGCUUUCUCUCGAGGAACUGGUUAUUACAUUUCGCAACUUGGAGACGAAUUGAAUUCAAACACAAUGGCAGUGGUCUCAGAAAAGCCCGCAGGCUUCGCUGAGCUUUCCAAGAACAAGAGGGUCUUGGCCUGGUGCCUCCUAAUCUUUAUUCUACCCAUCAACUUUGGGUAUGAGCUCGCACUCGUCGGCAACAUCCUCGCGAUCCCUGCCUUCCUCGACCGCUUCGGAACGACCACGACCUCCGGCAUCAAAGAGAUUCCGGCUCACGACCAGCAAAUCCUCAAUGCGUCAACUACUGUGGGUAUCGUGCUAGCAGCAUAUUGCACGGGAUUCAUCUCGGAUAUCAUUGGGCGCCGUAUGGUAGUCAUAUGUGGCUGUAUCCUUUGCAUUGCCGGGAUCAUCGUACAGGGCUUCUCGAACUCGAUCUUGAUGCUCUUUGGCGGCAAGCUCAUCAGCACUGUCGGUUAUGGUCUGGGCCACGCUCUAGGACCCGUCUAUGUCGCCGAGAUUGCGCCGAACUCUCUACGAGGAGUUUGUCUCAUUCUUAUCAACACUAUGAUCGUCAUUGGACAGUGGUCUUGUGCUUUGGUCGGCUACGGCGGGUCCUUCAUCAGGAGCGACUGGGGCUGGAGGCUGCCUGUGCUCGCCCAGCUGGCGCCUCCCUUCUUGAUGUUGGUACUUGGAGGAAUCUUGCUGCCAGAGUCCCCGUCGUGGCUCCUGAUGAAGGGAAAACGCGAGGAAGCUGGCAAGUCACUACGCAAAUUCAACGGCCCAAGACACAACGUGGAAGAGAGUCUGGCAAUCAUGGAAGCAACUCUCGGAAAGGAGAAGGCACUGAGUCAAGGUGGCGCCUCAUACUUGGACUGCUUUCGAGGUACCAAUUUGCGCAGGACCACGAUCGUUUGCGUGGUGUAUUUGACCCAGCAAUUUGCUGGUGCUCAGCUGGUUGUGGGAUACCUAUCCUACUUCUUCACUAUUGCUGGGGUGGGCAACCCUAUCGGUAUUGCUCAGGUUUGUUACAGUAUCCAGCUGCUUGGCAAUAUCUGCUCUUGGUUCCUAGUCGAACGAGUCGGUCGCAGGCCAUUGAUAGUCUGGGGAACUGUUGCCAUGACGGCUCUUCUGCUAGUGAUUGGUGGUCUGGGUGUUCCCAAGAGCAACCAAAGCGCUCUUACUGCUAUGGUUGCACUCAUGGCUCUUUGGGGAUUUAUAUCUCAACUUUCGAUUGGCGCCGUAGGGUAUGCCGUCGGUGGCGAAACUGCAUCCCCUCGUCUUCGUCAAAAGACCUACUCUAUCAACGUGAUGAGCAACACGGCGGCCGCGUGUCUCGUCACACAGCUGAUGCCGUUCUUAAUCAAUCCCAGCAACGCCAAUCUCGGGGGCAAGGUUGCAUUCGUCUUCUUUGGACCAUCGCUGCUAUGUUCUAUCUAUCUCUACUUCUGCUUCCCGGAGAUGAAGGGUCGCAGUUACUUGGAGCUGGAGAACAUGUUCCAGAAGCGACUGCCGACUCGAGAGUUCAAGAACUAUCGUUCCGAAAUUGAGACCAUUGAGGUGGAUGAUGGAGAGAAGGUUGCGGUGGUCCUGAAGGAUUGACGCAUAAAUUGAUACUUACAAGUGCCGAGGCUAUUGUUCUGCUAUGCGCAGGGCCUACAACAGCAACGAAGAUCGAUAAGCAUUAAUGCAAUUCUUCCCAAAUUGCAAAUGUUCACCGGACAAGACUCCAUGCAAUGGAUACUCUCUAUGUUCUGAGAAUACAGUCUUUACAGAUACCUCUGAAAUGAUCUAUCGAUGAAGUGGGGCUUGAUGGCGUACUCGGAGUCCGUGAUACCCGGAAUCCGUAACGGUCGCCAAUUUCCUAAAGAAGUCAUCAC